GCAGAAAGUCGGCUAAGUGAAAAGAAGUCACAUUAAUGACUAAAGGUGAAAAGUUGUCUGGUUCAAUAAUAGUAACCUGAGGCAUUUAAAUACUUAUAUAGUUGUAUACCUUGAAGAAUCAGAUGAAUCAGAUCUGCUUUCUUGAAAGACUGGCAUGUUAAAAAGGGUUGCCAGUAUAUCAUGAUGAUUUUCCUGAGACCAGAUUGAGAAUUUCAGCUCCUUUUUCACAUUAAUGUAAGCUUUUAAUUCUCCUGCAGGUAAGGUAAGUCUAUAAAUGUGACCAAAGGUCACCAUAUAGGCUAUAAAACUGAAGUUGAAAUAACACAAGAACACUGACUAGUUUUAAUAUAUUUAUUUUAGUAGCUAAUUUGUGAUCUUUAAAGGAUUGGUAAUACUGCUUAAGUCUAGUUUUGACAAUUUUUAACACAAAGGAAGUCUUGCAGUUUUUCUGAAGACUCAUCAAAAUCUCCUACAUUUGCUCUCGUUUAAGUUGCAGAGUACAGAUUUGUUAGUUUACCAGUCUUAAUUUUCAGUGAGGGUUGCUAGGAACAGUUUUCCCAUGAGCCUAAUUAAUUUCAACUGUGUCACCUUUGCUGUAUGGCAAACUUUGUCUCUCACCAAAAAUCAGCCAAUUCAUGCCUCGGGAAAGUAACAAAUAUUUUAUACCUUAUUAUUUUAUACCUUAUCCCCCCAUUCAUGAUUAAAAAUGGUAAAAUGUAAUAAUAAAUCAAAUAGAAGUAUAACUUCCAAAGAUACUAUUUUACAAUACAAUUGGAAUUUUUUUUUAAAUACAAGACAGUGCUAUUCUGAUUUUUUUUUUAUAUAUAUAUAUAAUGCAUCAUACAUACUUGCGUAUUUUUCAUCUCCUCAUGGGUGACAAAUAGAGUUUGACCUAACACUACAGCAGCCUCUGCCAUUGGCUCUGGUGGGCGCAGGUGGCCAGGCCAGCACAGGCCAGGCUGUUCAGGGUGAUGAAACACAAACAUCACCUGCAGCAUCAGCUGAGGUCUGUGCUGGGCAUCCCAGAUCCCAGUUACCUUCCUCAUCUCGAAUCAGCUUGUGAUCUGGAGUUCACAAAGCAAGUAGAGCAAGGCUCUGAACAUAAAUAGGUGAAUUAAAUGGUGAGUCAAAUCAUUUGCAGUUAAUGUGAUAUUAGCAAAGUACAUUACAUGGACAGUCUCCAUAUAUAAUAAAUACAGUGUUGUCACAUUGGAGGCUUAACUUGGUUUCCUUAAAUUUAGACCUUAGCCUGCACCUUUUCCACACAAACCCUUUUCGUGUGUAAAACAGCUGUACAUGCAGAGUGCUGCCCGAUGCUGUUAAAGGCAGACACCGGUAGCUACAGGUUUCCUACUAAGUGUAGCUGCCGUCUUGGUCCUGUUGCGUCAGCUCACGCUGUUUGUUCCUGUGGGGAAGCAAUUACAAUAGAACAUUGCCUUUUUGAAAAUGCUGUUUCCAAGAUUUCCUGUGUUUGGAAGAAGGUGUGACACAGGUACCUCCCACGGCCCCAGAACCGGUCGCUAACACAAUCAAGCUGCGUGCUGGUUGGUAGCUGUGAGUCUGUCCCGUGGUGGGGGGACGAUGCUGACUCAUCAGUUCUGAACACGUGAGGUUCGCAACGCGGCCCGCAAUCCGGGUGAGAGCCUUUAACCCGUGACAACCGAGCUGGCCUUUCCGGAGGUGGCAGCUUUUGCCGACACCCGGCCUGGGGCGGGGACGCGGCCUCCUCCCCCCACCCCGGCGGCGGCCCCGCACCCGGUUGCUAUGGCGACGGGCGUGACCAAGCCGCCAGGGGGCGCUCUCAGCCGCGCCGGGCCGCGACCAUCGUGGCGCUGCGUGUGGGGGUAAAACUGAAAGUGAAGGGCUCGGCCCGCGGCGAGGCGGGACCACGCUGCGCUCGGCUCCCCUGGGCCCCAGCCUUUCCCCGCGCCCGCUCUCUCCCAUGAGCGCUUGAGCGGCCCCGACCUGAGCAUGUCGGAGAGUUUCGACCGAGCGCCAGGUGCCGGCCGAGGCCGGGGCCGAGGAGUCGCUGCCCUCCUCAGAGGCGAGGGCGCGGCGGAGAGCGGCGGCGGAGCCCGCUCCGGAGCCCGCUCCGGGGGCAGUGGUUCCCACAGCUCAGGCUCGGCCGAGGAGCAGCGGCACCAAACGGGCGGCCUCUUCCCGCAGCAGGAACCAUUGCGGCCUCCGAAGACGGCGCCGCUGGGCACCGGAAACGCAGAACACCUGCAACAGACAGGAAUUUCAUCUGGAUCACAAGAUAAAGUUUCAGUUCCUGAUUCUGGACCAGAAAUGGGUGAAGCUCAGGUGACUGUGGCUCCUGUGGUAACAUCAAAGUUGUCUGCUAAAGCACCUGAGUUUUAUCCAUCAGGAUACAACCAGAACUUCAGUCAGAACUUCACAGAUUCUUCCUUUGAAGAUAGAUAUGAUGGCUAUCUGACUUUGGCAGAAUAUGUGCAAGACUUCCUAAAUCACCUCACCGAGCAACCAGGUUGUUUUGAAACUGAAAUAGCGCAGUUUGCCGAAACACUGAAUGGCUGGGUCGCUGAAGAUGAAGCUUUACAAGAACUUGUUGAACUCAUCUAUCAGCAGGCCACAUCCGUCCCAAAUUUUUCCUACAUGGGAGCACGGUUGUGUAACUAUCUAUCUCACCAUCUAACCAUUAGUCCACAAAGUGGGAACUUCCGACAGUUGCUACUUCAAAGGUGUCGAACAGAGUAUGAAAACCGAGAUGAAGCUACCAAAGGAGAGGAGAUUACUCGAAAACGAUUUCAUGCUUUUGUGCUGUUCUUAGCUGAACUUUACCUUAACCUAGAGAUUAAAGGAACAAAGGGACAGGUGACACGAGCAGAAAUUCUUCAAGAAGGCCUUCGGGAAUUACUAAAUGCACUAUUCUCUAAUCCUGUGGACAGUAAUUUGAUAUGUGCUGUGAAACUGCUGAAGUUGACAGGCUCAGUUUUAGAAGAUGCCUGGAAAGAAAAAGGAAAGAAUGAUAUGGAGGAAAUGAUUCAGAGAAUUGAAAAUGUUGUGUUGGAUGCAAACUGUAGUAGUGCUUCUUUUUGUUUCAGAGAUGUGAAGCAUAUGCUUCUGAAACUAGUAGAACUGCGAUCAAGUAACUGGGGUAGAGUUCAUGGAACUUCUCCACUUACAGAAGCUACCCCUGAAAAUGACCCAAACUAUUUUAUGAAUGAGCCAACAUUUUACACUCCUGAUGGUAUUCCUUUCACUGCAGCAGAUCCAGAUUACCAAGAAAAAUACCAGGAGCUGCUUGAAAGAGAGGAUUUGUUUCCAGAUUAUGAAGAAAAUGGAACAGAUUUAUCAGGAUCUGGAGACCCGUAUUUUGAUGACAUUGAUGAUGAGAUGGAUCCUGAAAUUGAAGAAGCAUAUGAAAAGUUCUGUAUAGAAUCAGAACAUAAGAGAAAACAGUGAGACGUUACACAUUAAUGUUAGUCUAUUAAACCAGUUUAGGUACACUUAAAAUACAAGGGGAUAUAAAACGUUUGUACCAAAAUAAGGAACUUGAGUUUCUCAGAGUACUAAACUUAUACAAUUUCUGUUUUGUUUAACAGAAUCUGCCAAAAAUUGUAAACUUAUGCCGUGUAACUUAAAAUGUUGUGUAUAUAUAAUAGUUUAUUUUAUGUACAGGUAUAUGAACAAUUUUUUGGCUGCAAUAAAAAUGAUUUAAAAGUUAUCAUAAUUGAAAUUAAAAUUUAAUGGGGAUCAUCCAAUAAAAUUUCCCUUGAGGUUGAAAGAGGAAGAAUAACUUGAUAUAAAUUUAUUUGCUUGCUUGCUUGUUUUGGUAUAUAUUGGGACUUCUUACUGUAUGAAAGAUAUCUGGUAUUUGAUUCUGUUGGGGUUUUUUUAAUUAUUUUUUUAUUGCUAAUGAGAGUAUGAUCCAAAUCUGGAGGUUUUUUGUGUAGAUCACAAUAAUGAGAAAUGGCUUGUGAAGAUUUUGUUUUGUGGUGAAUUUUUUGUUUCAUUUAUUUUCUUCCUCUUCCAAAACCCAUAUGGCUGAGUUCUGAACUUUUUUUUUUCUGGGAAUAAACAUGAUGUAUGUUGAUAUGUGAAAAAGCAAGCAGUAUUUUGGAAGUCAGGUGCUUUCCAGAUCUUUAGUUCAGAUGAGCUUAUUUUCAAUUUUUACAAGCAAAAACUAUAAUUUGUUGUGUUCUUGAAGACUGUAUGAAUUAUAGUUAUGUUUUAAGCCAUGCUUCUGAAGAGUAUGUGCAGUGCUUGGUUGUUGGUUUUGUUUUUGUUUUUUUUAAUGUAUCUUAACAUGUCUGACCUUCCAGCAAUCCUUGUAACGUUCUCCAUUCUUCUAAUUUUAUGUAGUUUGAUUUAAUUUUGUAGUUGGAGUAAAUUCAUAUCUUGCAUAAAUGUUAAAUCCUGAAGCCAACUACUGGUUUUUUUUGAUCCCAUAUAAUCAUGUUAGUUUUCCUAGGAUAGUCUGUUGUUGUUGCCAAACUCAGUUUUACUGUUUUCUGUUAUCUGUUACUGGUUAGACUGAGUAGAACUCCUCACCAAAAGAAAUAGAAAUAUUUCCGAAAAGUUAUCUACUGUAAAGAACACAUGUUGUAAAUAUGCAUGUAAAUAAUUCUGUUAAUAUUUCAUUGUUAUUUGUUUGGUUAAAUAACUUGUGCAUCUGCUAAUAGAGUGAGCACUGACUGUUUUCUGGAUGUUUAUUUAACAUACUUGUUUAGGUUGGAGUUUCGGAAAAUAAAGUUUAACUAGCUUUGC